AUGGACAAAUUACUCAUCAAGGCCAAGUUCGACAGCCUUGUCGAAGCAGGACUGUUCCUUCUUACUUCUGCUCUGUGGAAGAAACCGACCAUUCAAACAGCUGGAGCACAAACACAAGAGGACAACGAAUCGCCUCAGCAGAAGCGAGACGGGAGCGACAUCAACACCGCAGGUUACGAGAUCUGCGACAUUGGAAGAACGCAUGUCCUGGUCGCCAACAAAUUCUGCUUCGCCAGUCCUCAUCUAAUGCUUCUGACUUCAAACGGCUACCAGAGGCAAUACGAGCCUUUGAACAGGGAUGAUCUGACAGCUGCAUGGAGAGUUUUGAGCACGAUGGGUGAAGACUAUGUUGCGUUCUUCAACUGUGGGCGAGAUGGAGGAUGCAGUCGACUGCACAAGCACAUGCAGCUGAUUCCCAAGCCGAAAGAUAGCUUCGCGUCUUUUCUCGAUUCCGAUGAUACAGAAGAGCCCGAAGUGCCAUUUCGGUGGUUCUAUCAUCGCUUUGGACACUCAAAGCCCGUCGUAGGUGACUUGGUCACCAUAUACAAUGAUCUCAUCAGCAAGGCUACAGAAGUUGGUCAUGGACAAUCCGAAAAUGCUGAUAGCGUGCCUCCCGACGCUGCAGUGCCGCACAAUUUCUUGCUCACACAGAAAUGGAUGAUAGUACUUCCCAGGCGAAGAGCAGCUGUAAACAAAGAGGCUGGGGCAAAUGCUAUUGGCAUGAUGGGCGUUAUCGCUGUUGCAACGCAAGACGAGAUCGAUAACUGGAUCAGAAUUGGACCAGCUACAGGUCUCUCAAAGCUUGGCGUGCCGAGGUAG